UUUACCGUGCAGGAAAGACGUGUUACAAUGUCGAAGGUGAAGAUUCCAAACUUCAAGCUGAACAAUGGUAUGGAGAUGCCCGCACUUGGCUACGGAACUUGGCUGGGUUUAAAUAAGGAGAUGGAACUGCGCAUAGAAUACGCCCCGCAGCUUGUCGAGGCAGUGUUGUACGCUAUCGACAUCGGCUAUCGACACUUCGAUACGGCACAUCUCUAUCGUGUAGAACCUGAGUUGGGUUACGCGGUUAGAAAGAAGAUAGAGGAAGGUGUUGUUAAACGGGAGGAUAUUUUUAUUACUACUAAGGUAUGGCAACACAACCACCGCCCAGCAGAUAUCGAAGCGUCGGUUCGCGCGUCCUUGAAACGGAUGGGUCUGGAUUAUGUCGACCAAGUGUUGAUACACUGGCCUAUGUCUAUAUCUCAAGAUGGCGUCGACGAGAAGAUAGAUUAUCUAGACACAUACCGCGGUCUAGAAACAGUUCUAGACAAAGGUCUAACCAGAUCCAUCGGUGUGUCUAACUUUAAUCUGGAACAGAUGAAGAGAUUGCUAGCGAAUUGUACAGUUAAACCUGUUGUUAACCAAAUUGAGGUAAACCUAACCCUGUACCAAACCGAAUUAAUCAACUACUGCCAAUCCCAAGACGUUCUAGUGGUGUCCUUUUCAUCAUUCGGGUCUAUGACCAAUAAGAUAAAGGAUACAGCGCCAGAGCCAAGGUUGGAUAGUCCAACUCUUGUGUCUAUGGCCAAGAAGUAUGGAAAAACUGUGCCGCAAGUUGUGUUGAGGUUUUUGUACCAAAAAGGGCUAGCAACCAUCCCUAAAUCGAUAACCAAAAGUCGUAUUUUAGAGAACGCCUCCAUUUUCGACUUCGAAAUUGACAACACCGAUGUUGCUACACUAGAAAAAUACAAUUGUGGUUAUCGUUCAGAAACACCUAUUUUCUGGCAAAAUUAUACAAAUUAUCCUUUUGAUAAAGUAAAGGACGCACCUCCUAUGGAAAUUCCCUUGUCUCUGCGUAAAUGGAAAAAUGGCGCGAAUCUUGACAUCGAUUAGUAAUCUAUGGUUAGAAAAGGGCGGGAAUUUUGAAUUUUGUGUUCUGUGGAUUGUUUUAUGAAUAAAAUAUUUUAAGCUUG